CUGGUUGUGUGAAAGCAUGUACACAUGCACAUGUGUGUGUGACUGCACGUCUGUGCGUGUUUUUGCGUGUGCGUUUGUCAGCAGCAUGGCAUAGCCCAGCCUCGGAAGGAAUGGCAGGACUCUGAGUUGGGGGACAGGCUCAGAGUGAACAAAUCAUGCUAAUUGUUUUGAGAAGACUGUGAAAGUUCGACCCAAGAUGAAGGCAGAGAAGGAGUCUUUCUCUUGGGCAUCAGCUGCUUUUGCAGCACCUCUCCUCUUGAUCCUUCUGAUUCACUCAGCAUGUGUUCAGGGGGUGAACAUAACCAGUUUUGAGACGCUGAUCAGAGGGACAGUAGGUGGAGAAGCUCUGCUCUCUGUCCGAUACUCAAGCAGAAGUCUGGAUCCUCCUGUAAUCAAAUGGCAGCUGAAGAGGGACAAACCUGUUACAGUGGUCCAGUCCAUUGGCACGGAGAUUAUUGGUAACCUGCGGCCGGAAUACAGAGACCGUAUCCUUGUGUUUGAGAAUGGUACACUGCUGUUGCAUAACCUCAGGCUGUCUGAUGAGGGCACUUAUGAAGUAGAGAUCUCCAUCACUGAUGACACCUUCACUGGAGAGGGCAGCAUCGACCUGACGGUAGAUGAGCCAAUCUCUAAGCCACACGUCCUCAUGGUCACUUCCACUGUUCUGGAACUGACAGAGAAUUUCACAAUAAAUUGCACCCAUGACACGGGCACAAAGACCACCUAUAGCUGGGCAAAAGGUGGCCAUCCAUUAUUAAAUGAGACCCGUCUGCUGCUGUCAACGGACCAGAAAGUCGUGACCAUCACACGCGUUCAGAUGGUUGAUGAUGAUGUCUACAGUUGUAUGGUGGAGAACCCGAUUAGUAGCAUGAGAAGUCUGCCAGUGAAACUCACGGUCUACAAAAGGAGCUCCCUUUAUAUCAUACUGUCUACAGUCGGCAUCUUCGUCCUCGUCACCCUUGUAACUGUGUGUGCUUGCUGGAGGCCAUCAAAAAAAUCAAAAAAACAGAAGUCUAAAACUAUUAUACCAAGAUCCAUUCCUCAAAACCACCACAUCAGGUAUCAUGACGUCAAACCCGAGGAUGAUGUCAUCCCAAUAAUGACUGAUCAUGAGCGGAGGAAUCCUGUAUCACUCUACAUCUUAAAAGAGAAGGAUUCUCCUCCUGGUGAACCAGCAUCAACAUGUGAAACAUGCAGCUCCAUUAGCGGCAGCCCUCCAAGCUACAGCAGCUCAAUACCUCCUCCAUCCGACUUGCCUGAGCCUCCAGCUCGCUCCACUCGCAGAUACCCUCGCACCUCCACCAAAUCCCCACCGCACCAUCGCCGGAGGAAGGGACACAGUCAAAGCCCACCAGCCCCUUCCUCGCCCCAUAUCCGAGACUCCAGUCGAGUCUCACAGCCCCCUGAGCCCUCGUCUCCAGCCAGGAGGCCUGAGGAUAUAUCCACCUCUCCACAAGAACCCAGAGGCUCCCCAAAAAUAUAGAUGUUGAUGCACUGACCACGUCUGCCAAGCCCACAUGCUGCAAAAAGUCAGAUAAUGACCUGCACAAAUACUUGCAUUAAUGUAUGUAAAUAUGUAAAUACACAUAUAUAUGUGUCUAUGCUCCAAAACUCUGCAAACUUGUUUAGCUUCAUCAUGUUAAGACACAUUUUAUUUGAAAGCAUAUUGUGAAUGUUGAGUUGAUCUAACACACUAUGGGCCAGAUUUACUAACAGCUUGUGCCAGCGCAAACUCUUUUAGCGUUUAAAAUCUAUUGUCAGGAUUUAGUAAAGACACGCAGUGAAAUUUUAGUGCUGGGAAGGCGUGGACAGGG